AUGGAAUACAUUCAAUGGCUGCUAGGUUGGGCUGGUUGCUUUAGUGUGGGCACUUGCCCUCCUUUGGCAACAUGGGGUGAUGUGACUGGCCUAUGGUUGGUAGGUGGUGAUUUUAAUGAAAUCAUUGCGAUGCAUGAGUAUUUAGGCCGUCGAUUUAGGGUUAUGUCACAGAUUAGGGAUUUUGGCGCAACUCUUGAGGAUUGUGGUCUGUCGACGGUGGGUUUCAAAGGGUAUAAAUUUACUUGGUCCAACCGAUGGAGAGGUGGUGGCAAUGUUAAGCUAAGUUUGGAUAGGAUGGUGGCGAAUGAUUUAAUGUUUCUAGCUUUCCCGGAUAUGCUUACCCAUCAUCUUAAUUCUGUGGUAUUGGACCAUCUCCCUAUCUUUAUGGGUUUGGGUUGCAUAGUUGGGCAAGGAGGAAGCAACGCUUUAUGUUCAAGGAACUUUGAACCACAGUUGAAGGUUGUCAGGAUACCAUUACUAGUGCUUAGGGGGGCUGAUCAGGGGAGCAAGAUGCAACAAUUACUCUUCAACAGAGAGCUCUAUCCUGCGAGAUGGAUGUGUUGUUCGAUUGAGAAGAAAUGUUGUGGCGUCAGAAGUCUCGUGGAUGAGGUUGAAGGUUCCUUGAAUCAAAUGUUCCCUACCAAAUCGCUGGGUGUAGAUGCCAUGCCUGCUCUAUUUUAUCAGAAGUAUUGGGAUGUAGUGGGUAAUGAUGUUGUGGCUUUCUGUCUAAAUAUUAUGAAUGGGAGAGCCAGUGUGAAGGAAGUGAACCACACACUCCUGACUCCCAUCCCGAAGGUGCACAGGCCAACGAAGGCUUAUCACUAA